ACAAGCGUGUGAAGCUGCGCUCAUUCUUCCUUAUCGUGGGCUUGGAGACACGCACUUUAUGUAAGGUGGAACUAACUUUUAUCCUCCAGAGAAGAGUUAUAAACCACCCGGAAUAUUCAUCUGGUAAAACGUGUAACGGCAAACGAUAAUCAUGUCGGCCUCAUCGGCGAAAGUCAGUAGGAAGGACAAUUCAAAUCACGACGGAGCUGACGAGACCUCUGAAAAAGAGCAACAGGAAGCAAUUGAACACAUUGACGAAGUACAGAAUGAAAUUGACAGACUUAACGAACAGGCAAGUGAAGAAAUCUUAAAAGUAGAGCAGAAGUACAACAAAUUACGCCAGCCAUUCUUCCAGAAGAGAUCAGAACUCAUAGCCAAAAUCCCCAACUUCUGGGUCACAACAUUUGUCAACCAUCCACAAGUUUCAGCUCUUCUUGGGGAGGAGGAUGAGGAAGCUCUUCAUUACUUGUCAAGGGUGGAGGUCACAGAGUUCGAGGAUAUCAAGUCUGGAUAUAGAAUAGAUUUUUAUUUUGACGAGAAUCCGUACUUUGAGAACAAAGCCCUCUCCAAAGAGUUUAAUGUAAAUGAGAGCGGAGAUCCAGUUUCCAAAUCAACUGAAAUCAAAUGGAAAGCUGGAAAGGACCUGACGAAGCGUACAGGCCAGACGCCGAACAAAGCUGGGAAGAAAAGGCAGCACGAGGAGCCAGAGAGCUUCUUUACCUGGUUUACCGACCACUCGGAUGCAGGAGCUGACGAGCUGGGGGAAGUGAUCAAGGAUGACAUCUGGCCUAACCCGCUGCAGUACUACUUGGUCCCUGACAUGGAAGAUGAGGAAGGUGACGGCGAUGAUGAUGAUGAAGAGGAGGGUCUGGAAGACAUUGAUGAGGGGGAGGAAGAGGAAGAUGAAGAUGAGGAUGGUGAUGGAGAAGAUGGAGAGGAUGAUGGUGAGGAUGAUUAAACAUUUCAACCAACACCACAUCCCAGGCCUCCCUCUGCGAUCAUCCUGCAACCUACGGGAGCAAAAUAUUUUUUUGUUUUUUGGGGAGGGGGGGGGGGUGAGGGUGUUUGUUUAAAAAAAGAAAAGGAAAAAAAAAUCCUGUGUGUCGUCAGCGUGUCCGUCCUCUUCCUCUGCAGCCACGGCCUGUCCAUAGUGCCAUGUCUAUAGGCCAGCUCCAUACACAGCAGGUCUACAUGGGGUGCAGUGGGUUGGGGUGGGGGUGUCGGUGGCUCCUGGAAUCUCACCUGUAUUGUUUCUCUACAUUUCCCAAAGACAUGCAAAAGAAUUAAAAAAAAAUUUGUAGCAUUCUGCACGUCAUCCUACGUAGAUUUAAAAUACGUACAAUAGCAAUUUCUAUGUAAAAUAUGAAAUGACAGUUUCUGUUGGAGUUGUGAGUUCAAUAAAAAUAAGCCAUGGUGCAGUGAUGAUUUAAUCAUAGCAUCCUUAGCCACUUUAUAUAUAAAUGUAUAUUAUAAUAUAUCCAGUGGUGGGGGUACUAAGGCUUAUUAGAAGUUGCAUUUUCCUUUUGUGACUUAUUGUACUAAUGGAACUGAUUAAACGCACCAGCUCGUUCCUUUCAACCAUUGUAAAUGUUUUGGAAUAUUCAUGUAUCUUGGUAAGACCGUUGUUAAUUGUACACAGUUUAAUGGGGAGGUGUGGCAGGGCUUUGACAACAACUCUGGACGUCUGUUGAAGACAUUUUCAUUCUCUUGUUUUUCAGGCACUCAACAAAGUUUGAAAUGUACAUUUUUUUUAUAAAAACCUAAAAAUCAAAUUUUGAGCUUUGCUUAACCUUAGGUUUCUGUAGAGUCCUCUGUGGAGUCUGCAGCGUUUCUCCUUUUCCACUGGGAACCUGUUCACAUUAAAUUAAGUGUACCUGUUGCUUUGUUACAAUAAAUAAAUGUAUACAUGCUU